GAAAGAAAGAAUGGAUUUAUGCGUUUCGAAGUUCGAAUGAGAUUAUCAAAGUACAGGGUCCUAAUUUGAAAAUUUCACUUUGUUUCGAGGACGAAAAGAGCGGUCGAGCAGGGAGCAGCGUACACGAGCGAGCAAGCGGACGAGCUACGAUUGACAGACAUGGUUAAUUCGUCGGUGGUGAACACGUACCCUCUGUCAAGCUACACCUUCGGAACGAAGGAGCCGAAGAUGGAGAAAGACACUUCAGUCGCAGAUCGUCUCGCUCGAAUGAAAGUCAACUAUAUGAAAGAAGGCAUGAGGACAAGUGUUGAAGCAAUUCUACUGGUACAGGAGCAUAACCAUCCCCACAUACUGCUUCUGCAAAUUGGAAACACCUUCUGCAAACUUCCUGGUGGUCGUUUGAAGCCUGGAGAAAAUGAAAUUGAGGGAUUGAAGAGAAAAUUGUCUAGUAAACUAGCUGCUAAUUCAACUGCCCUUCAACCAGAUUGGCAGAUUGGAGAGUGUGUAGCUAUCUGGUGGAGGCCAAACUUUGAAACUAUUAUGUACCCAUACUGCCCUCCUCAUAUCACAAAACCUAAGGAAUGUAAGAAGCUAUUCCUUGUUCACUUGUCUGAGAGAGAGUACUUUGCAGUGCCAAAAAACCUAAAACUGCUUGCAGUCCCAUUAUUUGAGCUCUAUGAUAAUGUUCAGAGAUAUGGGCCAGUUAUCUCUACCAUCCCACAGCAGUUGUCCAGAUUCCAGUUUAAUAUGAUCAAUGCAUGAAAUGGAAAGAAUUGCGGAGCUCACACUAUGAUGUGCAUUAACUUACCUAUUAAAUUAUGGGUUGGGAUUUCAAGUUUUGGAUCUGCAUAUGGAACUGGGGCUAAUUCAUCGUAAUUGUGAUCUGUUUAGGCGGUGUUUAUUAGUCAAUUUAUAGACUUAUUCAUAUAUACUAGUUGAUCUUGUUCUUCGGUCUUGUUAUUUGGGGGGUAGAGUUCAUUUGGGAACCGGGAAAUUCCUCUCUGAUGCAUGCUUGCCAGUGUUAAAACUGUGGAAUCAUGUGAUAGAAGAAGAAUGAUAGUUAAACGAUCAGGUUAUGGUCUACAGUUAUUGAUAUAGCCUGGCCGAAAGAUUUCUUCCAGCUCCAGCACAACCCAUGCUUGCCAAUGUUUUCGCCAUUCGUUUGGGAAUCCUGAGACCAGUAAGAGUAAGCUCUUUUGUAUGGCUGGGAAAAAUGUUCCUUUAACGUUGUCUUAUUUUAGGUUUUGCACUUUCUCUCACUGUAUUUUUGUAAUUUGUAAUUGUGUUUAUUUUGACUGUAUUAUUAGUCCCUCGCCAUUAUUUUGUUUUCUCCUGCAACACUACUAUAAAUCCUUUCUAUUGCUUGAACGCUAUUUGAUC